UUGCUGUCAAUUGAGGCUGUUCGACAUAGUUUUGUUUAUAUACAAUAGUUUAGUUACUAAAAUAAAUUUAUAUAGUUCGCCUUGAAAUUAUUUUUAAACGACAUUCGAAAUUGUUUCGUGUGAUACACGUCGAAAAAACAGAACAAAAAUACACACAAACAUUCACGUAGAAUGAUCCAAACCGAAGAUCGAGAACUUGAUCGGGCGCUGGAACUUUGUCAGCUGAUACAGAACGAUCUGCGCACUUGCGUUAACAUUGUGCAGCGUUUAGACCAGAAGUAUAAUGAGCCGGAUCCCAAUAAAAGUGCAACCAUGCCAUUACGUUCCGAUAUGAUAGGAGAGAAUACAUCAUUGUCGGCUAUUAGUUUGGUCAGAUCGUCAAAUAUUUCGCUGUCCACAUUCAGUCUGGACAGCUGUGGUAAGCUGAAGGUGGAAGGUCGGACGUCCCAUGAGCUGGACUACAUCUUUGUUGAUCUCACAAGUAAGGCAAUCAGAGUACGCCGCGAUCUCGAGGCGGCUACUGCCCAUACACAGCGUAUUACGGAUUGCAGUAUGCGUCAGGAGCCUGUACAGCAUCGGAUGCUGCGUGAUGCUCGCGGAUCUAAAACGUUCAUCUGCAAGCACUAUAGCAAAAAUAAGGUACAGAAAAGGAGUAGUUCGAAAAGGAUGUGGCGGCUACAGGAUUACAUCAAUGUACCGAUGCUCAGCAACGAAACAUUGCAGAUGACAUUUUGUCGUUGAUAGUUAUUAUUGGCAUUUUAGUUUUUUUUUUCUUCUCUGUUCUAGUGUUUUGCCCUCCGUUAAAGACCAGUAUUAAUGCCACUUUUUAGCUUUUAUUAAAAUUUUUGUCACCAUUAAAUAAGCGAAAACGUUGCCAAACUUACACAAAAACUCAUUUGACUUGACAUUAAAAUCACGAAAAGUUCUCUCUACUCGCUUCGCUGUCCUAAGUGACAACAUGGAUGCAGGAUGCGAACAGGAGGCAUACAUAUUCGCGACAUGUUUCAAGCGUAAGUUUCUCGUGUUCUCGCAAUGAUGAACAUGAUUAUGAUGAUGAUGACAACACAACAACAACAACAACAACACGGCACAACAACAACAGCAGCGUUACAUGUUUA